AUGGAUGACGAUUCCUACCCCAGAACGUUGUACGUGGGAAACCUCUCUAGGGAUGUGACCGAAAUUCUGAUUCUACAACUGUUCACUCAAAUAGGGCCUUGUAAAAGUUGUAAAAUGAUCACAGAGCAUACGACGAAUGACCCCUAUUGCUUCGUGGAAUUCUUUGAACACAGAGACGCUGCAGCAGCCCUCGCCGCUAUGAAUGGAAGAAAAAUACUUGGAAAGGAGGUCAAAGUAAAUUGGGCCACCACGCCAAGUAGCCAAAAGAAAGACACAUCCAAUCAUUUCCAUGUGUUUGUGGGUGAUCUGAGCCCUGAGAUUAGCACAGAAGAUGUAAGAGCUGCAUUUGCACCUUUUGGGAAAAUCUCAGAUGCUCGUGUUGUGAAGGACAUGGCGACAGGCAAAUCAAAGGGGUAUGGAUUUGUGUCCUUCUACAACAAACUGGAUGCAGAGAAUGCCAUUGUUCACAUGGGCGGCCAGUGGCUGGGAGGACGUCAAAUCCGGACCAACUGGGCAACACGAAAACCACCUGCUCCCAAAAACACUCAGGACAAUGGCUCAAAACAACUGAGAUUCGAUGAUGUUGUGAGCCAAUCCAGUCCACAGAACUGUACUGUGUACUGUGGAGGGAUUCAAUCUGGACUAACUGAUGAAAUAAUGCGGCAGACCUUCUCGCCAUUCGGUCAGAUCAUGGAAAUCAGAGUCUUCCCUGAGAAAGGUUAUUCAUUCAUCAGGUUUUCCUCCCAUGACAGUGCUGCACACGCUAUUGUGUCAGUAAAUGGCACAGGCAUUGAAGGACACAUAGUCAAGUGCUACUGGGGCAAAGAAUCUCCUGAUAUGACCAAAAGUUCCCAACAGGUUGAAUACGGCCAGUGGGGCCAAUGGAAUCAGGUCUAUGGGAGUCCGCAGCAGCAGUAUGGACAGCAGUAUAUGACUAAUGGAUGGCAAGUUCCCUCCUAUAACAUGUAUGGCCAGUCAUGGAAUCAACAAGGAUUUGGAGUAGAGCAGUCUCAGUCGCCUGGUUGGGUCGGAGGAUUUGGCUCUCAGUCAGCUCAGGCUUCUGCCUCGGCAAAUUCAGUUGUGUCCAACUUCAACAUGACUGGUUAUCAGACACAGUGA